CUCCUCUGUCCUCCUUUUCCUCUCAUCCUGAAACAAUCGCUGCAUUUCUCUCUCUGUGUCCCUCUGCCUCCUUUGUUUUUGUGGCUCCGUCUUUUCUCUCACUUUCUGUUUCCAAGAGAAGAAGAUAACUUUGUGUUUGUGUCUUACUGAGCACAGUAAUUGCCUCUCCUCCUCUGUGACCGCUAACUAACUGAAGGUCUUCUGGAUCAACACUGCACAAGUUGGCUGUUAGCUUUUUGCUGGAGGAGCACUGCUCUCACCGACACAGGGACUCCACUGAGCGAAAUAACUCGAAUUCUCUCCUGAGCGACAGUUGCUUGACACUUCCACGGCAACUCUGUAGCUAUGGAGCGCAGUCAUGGGGCAGAAAUUGGACAAAAAACAAACAGUGUGUUGUCAUCAGAGAGGGGCCGCUGAGGAGUAAUUCAGAAGUGGACAGAAAAGAGGAGGAGAGAAAGCUUGCGGAUGAAAGUAGCGUUACGUCUCUUUUUGUCUCGUACAACUUUGGAUAACAGGAAAAGAUUUGGAAGGCAGCCGCUAACGGACAAGAAGCUCUUCAGGGAAUGUUGUUUUUCCCUGUUGAUAUAUUUUCUGUGGGACUUUCACACUCCACACCAAGUGUCAGCAGACUGAAGAUCUGGCUUUUUGGAGGUUUUCUGCUGCUACCCCUUUGGAAGUAAUUGUUGGCAAAAGCUGGAACACAAGAUUUGUUUCUUCGGAGACUCUGUGUGUGUGAAUUAGUGUUUGGAUUAUGUGAGAGUUUUCUUGCGUUAGCGCCAGGAUCUUAGCGUGUUUAUUUAUUCAGCUCUUGUACAUGAGAAGUUCGCUGCGUGCGAUGCGUGGUCGUGAAACAGCGAGUUGUCUGUCUGUCCUCGGUGCAGACGGACACGGGGAGGGACAGACAUGCAUUUCCAUGGCGACAAGUGGCUGCAGCCCCUUCCCCAUGUGUUGGGAUAGAGAAUAUGACAGACACCUAGCAGCGGCGGUGUCAGCAGGGAAAACCAUGGCGACAGCCUACCUGGACCCCAACCUCAAUCACACCCUCCUCGGAGGUGCCAAGUCGCGGCUGAGUGCGGGAGGAUCAGACCGAAUCAUGGCCGGCUCCAUGGACAGGGUUCUGAAAGUCUUCCAUCACUUUGAGACCAACACUGAGAACAGCUGCUGGUCUUCCAAUAUCAGAUAUGGAGAUGCAACUGAUGUCAGGGGGAUCAUCCAGAAGAUUCUGGACAUCCACAAAGUGCGCUGGACUUCAUGCUUUGGCCUGCGUCUCAGUAACAGCCAAUCAAAAGAUCAAGUGCAUUGGCUCCACCCAGAUAUGGGCGUGUCCCACGUCAGAGAGAAAUACGAACAGGCACGGCCAAACGAGGAGUGGAGGUAUGAGUUAAGGAUCCGGUAUUUACCAAAGGGCUUUGUGCAGCAGUUUACAGAAGACAAACCUACGCUCAACUACUUCUACCACCAGGUGAAGAAUGACUACAUGACAGAAAUUGGGGAUCAGGUGGAACAAGAUGUAGCUCUCAAACUGGGCUGUCUAGAAAUCAGGAGGUUCUUCAAAGAGAUGCGAGGAAACGCCCUGGACAAGAAAUCCAACUAUGAACUACUCGAGAAAGAUGUUGGUUUGAAGCGGUUUUUCUCAAAAGACCUGUUGGAUUCAGUCAAGGCUAAAACUCUUCGGAAGUUGAUUCAGCAGACCUUUAAGCAGGUCGCCAACCUCAACGAUGAGCAAUGCAUCCUGAAGUUCCUGGAGGUGCUUGCACCGAUCUACCGCUACGACAAGGAGUGCUUCAAAUGUGCCCUUGGGUCCAGCUGGGUGAUCCAGGUAGAGUUGGCUAUCGGACCAGAGGAAGGGAUCAGUUACCUCACUGACAAGGGGUCCACGCCCACCCAUCUUGCAAAUUUUAACCAAGUCCAGUCCAUCCAGUACUCAGCUAUGGAGGAGAAGGACAGGAAAGGCAUGCUACAGCUGAACGUAGCCGGAGCUGCUGAGCCUCUCACAGUUACGACGGCAUCACUCACCAUGGCGGAGAACUUGGCUGACUUGAUUGACGGUUACUGCCGGCUCGUCUCCAUGGAAACGCACUCCUUUAUCGUCAGAGUUCAGAAAGAGGGAGAGAGAGCACUGCCUUCCAUCCCAAAACUGUCUAAUAAUGAGAAAAAGUUAGAAGCAGUCAGGAGUGGAGUAAGAGCCAUCUCUGUCUCAGACCAAGUGACAUCGGCGCCUCCUAAGCCAACCAAGGCUCGGCGUUUCCUCCUCCCCUUUGUCUUCUGUUCAGAUUCGCCGCCCAAUGAAGAUCUUAGUGGGGAUGAGACUGAUGACUAUGCAGAGAUAGUUGAUGAAGAGGACACAUACACCAUGCCCUCCAUGAGCUAUGGAGUAGUCGAAGCGCGGGACUAUGAGAUCCAGAGAGACAGGAUAGAGUUAGGUCGCUGCAUCGGAGAGGGUCAGUUUGGCGAUGUACACCAAGGAGUCUACAACAGUCCAGAUAAACCAUCUCUACCUGUCGCCAUUAAGACCUGUAAGAACUGUACGUCAGACAGCGUCAGAGAAAAGUUCCUGCAAGAAGCAUUAACGAUGCGUCAGUUUGACCACCCUCACAUCGUUAAGCUGAUUGGAGUGAUCACAGAGAACCCGGUGUGGAUCAUCAUGGAGCUGUGCACUCUUGGAGAGCUACGCUCGUUCCUUCAGGUGAGGAAGUACAGUCUCGACUUGGCCACGCUCAUCCUGUUCGCCUACCAGCUCAGCACAGCGCUGGCCUAUUUGGAGAGCAAACGCUUCGUACACAGGGACAUAGCAGCACGCAAUGUGUUGGUGUCGUCAGUCGACUGUGUGAUGCUCGGAGACUUUGGUCUGUCUCGAUACAUGGAGGACAGCUCUUACUACAAAGCCUCUAAAGGUAAACUUCCCAUUAAAUGGAUGGCUCCUGAAUCUAUCAACUUCAGGAGAUUCACUUCUGCCAGUGACGUCUGGAUGUUUGGUGUGUGCAUGUGGGAGAUCUUGAUGUACGGCAUCAAGCCCUUCCAGGGGGUGAAGAACAACGACGUGAUCGGCAGGAUAGAGAACGGCGAGCGGCUGGCGAUGCCUCCCCAGUGUCCGCCGACCCUCUACAGUCUGAUGACCAAAUGUUGGUCAUACGAUCCCAGCAAGAGGCCGAGAUUCACUGAGCUCAAAACACAACUCAGCACCAUACUGGAGGAGGAGAAGCUUCAACAAGAGGAGAGGCUUCGAAUGGAGAUGAGGAGACAAGUCACUGUUUCCUGGGACUCUGGAGGUUCUGAUGAAGCACCGCCCAAACCCAGUAGACCAGGUUACCCCAGUCCUCGCUCCAGUGAAGGCUUCUUCUCCAGCCCCCAGCACAACCACUUCCCGCCUUCAGCCCAUGGUGGUGUAGGAGGUGUAGGAGGCAGCUACCCUCCUACUGAUUCCUGGAAUCCACACAGGCCUGAACACACUGCGCUGUGGAGCCCAAACAUGGAGGAGGGUGGAUGUGUUGGCCAGGUUCAGAUGGAGGAGAGGCUGAUGAUGCAGCAGCAGCAGAUGGAGGACGACCAGCGGUGGUUGGAGCAGGAGGAGAGCUUCAUGAAGACAGAGUCCAGAAACAGCAGAGGAAGCAUCGACAGAGAGGACGGCACACUACAAGCACCGGGUGGAAGCCAACACAUCUACCAACCUGUAGGGAAACCAGAACAUGUGGCUCCUCCUAAGAAACCUCCACGCCCCGGUGCUCCCGGUCACCUCGCCAACCUGGCCAACCUCUGCCCUGUAGACAGCUACAACGAGGGGGUCAAGUUGCAGCCUCAGGAGAUCAGCCCGCCACCCACCGCCAACUUGGAUCGCUCUAACGACAAAGUGUACGAGAACGUGACGGGAUUGGUUAAAGCUGUGAUCGAGAUGUCCAAUAGGAUUCAGCCUGCCGCACCAGAGGAGUACGUCCCCAUGGUCAAGGAGGUGGGUUUGGCUCUGAGGACUCUACUAGCAACGGUGGACGAGACGAUUCCUGUGCUGCCAGCCAGCACACACAGAGAGAUUGAAAUGGCCCAGAAGCUGCUGAAUUCAGAUCUGGCAGAGCUAAUAGCGAAGAUGAAGCUGGCGCAGCAGUACGUCAUGACGAGUUUACAAAAGGACUACAAGAAACAGAUGCUAAUGGCAGCUCACGCCCUCGCAGUCGACGCCAAGAACCUGCUGGACGUCAUCGACCAGUCGCGGCUCAAGAUGAUCAACCAGACACGCCCGCAUUAGCCCGGGAGCCCGUCUAGCCCGGAGGUUUCUGCACAUUCGAAAGCAGGAAAAGGAGAAAUCAAGAUCACGGAAUGUGCUUAUUAUGGGCUAAUUCAUAAGAGAUUGAUGGACGGACAUCGUGAUGAAAACCGUGAACUGAUGGACAGCAGACAUGACUGACUGAAACAAUCAACCAUCUUAUCCUCCCUCCAACAUCCAACACUUCUUUUCUCUCUGGAAGCAGUCAUGUUUUGGUCAAUCUUGUGUUGUUUUGUACUUAAUUUGCAUUAUUGGCUUUAGUAUCCAGAGAAACUCUCUCUCUCUCUCAACACACAUCCUCAAAAAUCAGCUGUUUUUAAUCUCUGAAGAAUCAAAUAAAGGUUUUGGAGGCUCACUUGAAGGACUUUGCAGGUAUUCUGGUGGAUGGACGCACCGAUAUUUGCCACAGAAACACACGACUGACACUCUCCAAUAUGCAAGAUUAACAACUGGAACUGAAGAGCCAGCAUGAGGGGGAUAAUGAAGAGGAUUUCAUAAUGUUGUUGUUUAAACAUGCUUUUAUAUCAUUAAUUAUUAUUAUUAUUACUAUUUUCAGCCUUGCAGUAUGUCUCUGUUAGAUUUUCAGUCUUCCUCUUGUAUGAGCAAAAGUUAUCGAUUUACAGAACAGAAGCUCAUUAAUGUCAUAAUUUCAUCUCUUUCUCUCCUUUCUACAGACCUCUUUAUCUCAGGCACCGAGAGAUGGCAUAAAAGCUGAAUUUUGAAGAACAAACUAAAUGUCUUUUUAUGGAAAAAAAAAUGUUUUAAAAAAAAAACUGCCACAGGCCACUUUUUAAGUUAACUUGCAUAGUAAAUAUACAAAGAAGCUCUAUUUUUAACACAUUUCUGAGGCAUGAAUUGUUAGUGAAUAGGGGAGAGGGAUGGACAAAGGGGGAGAGUGGAGGAGACAAAGAGCUGAUAAGUGGAGGGAGGGUGGUUUUUAAUUAACAGCGGAGGUGCUAAUUGUAUUGUACAGGAGGUCUCCCUGUGCCAGAUGAGUUGUUUUUGACUGAAAAGAAACAUUUCAAUCAAAAUGAUCAAGUUUAAGGGUCAUUUUUGUACAUUUUCUUGAUAAAAUCAUGAUGGUUGCUGCUUGCUGUGUACAUUAACGCAAUAUGUAUUGUUGCAUUGUGAGUUAUUGUCGUCAUUCAAUAAUAUCCAGUGUAAGCUUUCAGAUGCACCCUCUAUAUCAAAUUUCCUUCAGUUUUAUCAAUCCAGGAAUUGAAGUUUAAUUUCAAACCGAACACUAAUUGGAGCUAAGGCUUUGUUGAUGACGUUUAAGAUUAAAAAAGUGAUCCUGAUUUCCUCCCCCAUCUUUCUACCUCCCUCCACUGGAGUUAUUUAUACCUUUUUAUUUCUUCUCUUGUCCUGGUCUGCCUCUGUUUUCUUAUCCUUCCCUUCAGCUCCGGCUUCCUCUCCUCCCUCUCAGAUUCACUCGCUGUUCCCUCUCCCCUGAGGUGAGCGGUAUUCUCAGGAAGGAGACACAUGUACAGUUGCUAAACCAAGCAAAUAAAACACUGUUAUUAAGAAGCA